ACAGAGGGCGGUGCUUGGGUGCGGAGUGACAGCACCUGUGGUAAGUGCCUCUCCUUGGACCUUUGGAUCUCUUAGGACAGCGCUUCCAACUUGACCCCGCCAGAGCCACCGCAGCGUUAAUUAGAAUUGGUUCCAAACCGGGGUGGGCGCACUCUUUAAUCCCAGCACUCAGAAGACAGAGUCAAGCGGAUGUCUGUGAAGAAGCCAGUCUGUUCCCUGCCACAUGAGCCACUGCCUGGGCAGACAUGGAGCACUGCUGGGUCUUCUGGGGGCUUGUCUUGUGGAUGAUUGCUCCCUGCCUGUACCUGACACAUGAAUUGGCACCCCAGCAGGGAUGGACAUACAUGGUACCACAGCAAUGUAACUGGUUCUGCUUCAAAUUUGGAAAGCGUGGCUGCCCUUCAAAAAGCCCCAACUGUUCCACCUGCCACCACACAGCUGGGGAAGCAUGUUAUGAGAAGUUCAUGGGAUACUGGAGGACAAAAGCUCUCUGGUGGCUGGGCAUGAACUCAGUGAGCGAGCAUGGGACAGUGUGGAAGAAGCCAUCUGGAGUGACUCCCAAUUCCCUCCUGCACCAUUUUGAUUUCCACUGUGUGUCCUGUGCCAUGCUGGGGAAUUCUGGCUUCAGCAAUAUCAACCAAUUAUUCUACAUGGCUUUCAGGACGAAUCAGGCCUCCAACCACAGCUCCGAGGCAGAGAUGAGGAGCCAAACAGCAGGACCCUUCAUCUGUCCCAGGAAUGCCAGUCACCAGGGUUUCUGGGGGCAGUACUGGUUAUUGCAGCUUGCUGAUCUGGUGCCCCAAGUGACACGAUUUUGGAAGAUGGUCUGAUUCCCUAGAUGCGCAAGAUAGUAAAGAUGAGGUAAGAAGGUUGUGGCUCUGAUCUGCUCUGAGCAAGGACUCAGGCAACUAGCUGGAUAACCAGGGUGAGUGGCCAGAGUCUGGUCUGCAUGGUCAGCACAAACCCAUUCAUAUCCUCAGCACAGAGGCCAGAGUUGUGUGUCUAUACUCAUUCCUCCUUGCCUUCCUCUGUUCUAUUCUGCCCUUCAUGUUUACAAAGCUUAUUUUAUUUUAUGUGCAUGAGUAUUUUGCCUGCAUGUAUGCAUGUGCAUCAUGUUCAUGUCUGCUGCCCUCAGGGGUCAGAAGAGGGGCUGGAUUCCUUGAAUAUGGAGUUACAGAUGGCUCUGAGCCAUCAUGUGGGUAUAGAACCAAACGCAUGUUCUCUGCAAGAGCAACACAAGCUCCUAACCAAUGAGCAUCUCUCUAGCCCUUAUGCAGUUCUCCAGCACUUUAGCUCUCUAGCCACCUUUUGUCUCAACUUGCAGCCCCCAGCCCCCUUAUUUUGAGACAAAAGUUUCUCUGUGUAGGCCUGGCUAUCCUGGAACUCACUCUGUAGAUCAGGCUGGCUUUGAAUUCGCAGAGAUCCUCUUUUGUGAGAUUAAAGGCAUGUGAUAGCAUCAUGUGGCUACCUUUAACCUUUUUACAGGCCCUUCCCCCUGUCUGGAACUCCCUUCCCCCAGCAUGACAGGCAUCAGCUAGUUGAUGUUCUUUUUGAGGUCCGGGGUAAGUCUAUGAGAGUGUUUAUCACACUGAGUUGAGUCUAUAUUUCCUGGAGAAGUGGAACUCCAUUUUCUUCCAGCUCUAGAGACAGCCUAUCACUAGCUGAUGAAAGAGGGAACUUGGGAUAAAGGACAGGAUUCAGCCUGCUGACAUGAACAUCCUUGCUCAUAUGCUAGGCCACCCUCUCUGGAUUUGGAUCAGAACAGCAAAGAAAGAAGUUCUAUCACUGACAGAAUGAUAAUCAGACCAAAGGCCCCCAGAAGGAUCUGUCCACAUGGACUAGAGAAGCAGAAAUGGAAGCUGCUUGUCAGCUAAGAUGGGCAGACAAGGCCACCAUUCACAAGUGACAACGAGCUGAAUGCUGGAUUUUUAGUGUCACAACAGCCACAUAAUUAUGAAGAUAUUCAUGGGUAAAGAUAAAAUGGUGUGACAUCAGCCUAGUUCUGAAUAAAAUCUUGGUCUGGUACUCCCUGCAAACAUAGUAUCUGGGGAGGAAGGGUCAGAUCUCAGGGACAAUCUCUCUCUUUCUUCCAGCCCUCCUUCUACGUAUUCAUUUAUCCAUCCAUUUAUCUAGUUAUCAUCUAUUUAAUUUGUUUUUCUUAGGCAGAAAUUUACAAUGUAGCUCCAGGCUGCCCUUGACUUCCUGAUGUUCUAGUUUCAGCCUUCUGAGGACUGGCAUUACAUUGCCUUGCCCAGUAUUAUAUAGCAUUUUCCUGCAAGACAGAAACCUUUCAUUUUGGAGGAAAGCUCAUUAAGACCUAGGAGAUUCUAAAGGAAGGCAAAAAUUCCAUCCUGCAGGGAAGACUCCCAAGUAACAACUCAAAAGCUUCAGGAAGUUCCAGAAACUGAGCAGAUUCACUAGACCUUCACUCUAUUAGUAUACAUAAACUACAAGGCCUGCAGAGUCACUCCCUGACAAACCCAGCUGCCUUACAGGAAGCAGAAACCAACUUGACUGCCUGGAAAAGACUCUCCAGUUUGUGCAGCUGCCCACAAGUUGUGCAGUGGGCUACAAGUUUGCAGCAUUUGUGUCACCCUCGGUGGAGCAGGCCUUUGAUUAUGUAGCUGUCUUUGCAUCAUUUCUAUUCCUCCUAUUAAGUACCCCAAUCAAAUGCAUUUGUUCACUCCCACUGAAUAGCAUGUUUUUGUUUUUUGUUUUUGAUUUUUUCCUUUUGGUUUUUUGAGACAGGGUUUCUCUGUGUAGGCCUGGCUGUCCUGGAACUCACUCUGUCUCCCAAGUGCUAGAAUUAAAGGCGUACGCCACCACUGCCCGGCUGAAUAGCAUGGCAAACCUCA